CAUUCUCAAGUCGUACAUUCAGGCUCCAUCGCUCUUCAAUUUAUUUACUGCGCGCCAAUUAUGGAACAAAAUCAAUUUAGCCGCUCACAGAACCAUUGAAACCAAUUAAUUUCCGAUUCCGUUUCGCCCACUUAGUUGAAGCUACGAGCGGUGUCAUGGAGCGAAUUUUGUUUUUUAUUUGUAUUUCUUCUCUGGUGGUCACUUUUCAUUUCACAACUGGUCGGAAGCUCAGUUUGAGGCAAGGACCAGAGGUAGUUACUACGGAAGGUGCCUUCCCCACAGCACAACUCAAAAACUGCACAAUGUGCCCCAGGCACUACAAGCCGGUAUGCGCUUCAAACGGCAACUGGUACCACAACCCCUGCUUCAUGGCUUGCGAGGUCGGCGACGACAGCAACGUCGGCAUAUUGUACGAAGGCGUAUGCAGACCCGAACACAUGCAAAACCGAAUCGAUGAAACAACAACGACGACGACGACGACAACGGUACCACCAAAAAUAAAGUGUGUGAAUUUAUGCCCGGGCUAUUACGAACCGGUAUGCGGAAAGAACCACAAAUGGUAUAAUAACGACUGCUUAAUGAAAUGCGAUAAUGUUGAACCUGCCCCUGAUAAUAAUGCUUGCUCAGUAUCUCUGCCUCCAUUGGAAUAUGAAGAACAUUACAGAACCAAUUGUACGAAUUGUACAAAGGUGUAUGACCCCGUGUGUAUGAGCAGUGGCAAGUGGUAUUAUAACACUUGUAUGAUGGAAUGUAUUCUUGGCACUUCUAAAAGGACGGAGACAAUUCUUUAUCAUGGAAAGUGUAUUAAGUUUCUGUAGCAGACUCCUUUGACAGGAGAUUUUGUAUUAACGGUCGAUGUGGAAGAUACUGAUAUAUAAACAUUUACUAUUUAUAAAAUUAAAUAAUUUUUCGCCACAGA